AUGGCCCUCCCCGACCUUUCGCUUGCCAGAGCGCGGGUCGCGCCUCAGGGCGAGCCGAGGAGAAGACGACAAAGGUUUCGCGCUGGCGGGCGCUUGGUUGCCCGAGAGAUAUGGGCAUACCUGGCAGUGCUGCCCCUGAACUUCGAGUACGCUGGCGGGGGUGAUCCGCGCUUAUGGGAGCACCCCCCCGUGCUGCACCUUGCACAGAGGACCGCGUACCAGACCAUCAUCGCGCAUGUUGGCGGUUUCCUGGGGGGGCCGCUGGUGCGCCAGCCGAGCGUGGACUGGUCCACGAAGGUCUCCAAGCUCAGGGUCGACUACACGGGCGAGGAGCAGAGCGUGGCCCCGCCGACUCGCCUGGCUGAGCUGAUCCCAGGUCUUUCCUACAAGCAGUACGCCGCGCAGCUCCAGACGGAGGAGUUCGUCGACGAGCACAUCCUAGAGCGGCUUCUGGACCCCGAGGCUGUUACCCUGCCCCCCGCGGAGUGGCCCGAUGCUCCACCUCGAGCGCGGGUCAACUGCGAGAAGUUGGAGGACUGGUGCGAGGUGGCGGAGCACCUCUUGGGGCUGGGCACCCUGGGGGUGGUCCGCGAGGCGGACAUCUUCGCGCCGCACGGCCAGGAGGUUUUCACCGGCCUGUUCGCCCGCGAGAAGAAGGGUAAGCCGCUCAAGGGGCAGGUCCGCUGUAUUCGUCUCAUUGUCAACAUGAUAUCAUCCAACCCCUACUUUCGGAACAUCGUGGGGGACACCGCGACCCUCGCGGCGUCGACUACAUGGAUUAGCACCAACUUGCAAGCGGGGUGCGUUAUAGUAUGGAGCAGCGACGACCAGAAGGGCGCCUUCUACGUGUGGAAGCUGCCGCCGGCGUGGCGGGGCAGGAUGGCCGUGUCAGUGCCCGUGCCUGCCAGCGCCGCGGGGCUUCCAGGCGACCAAAUCGUCUAUGUUGCGUUUCGGGUCUACAUCGACGACUUCGACGCCCCCGAGGUCAUGCAGGCGGCCGAGGCUUACCGCGUCGUGGGCGCGCCUGGUGAGAUGCAGCUCGCCAUGCAGCAGGCCUGCGCCAGGGCGGAGGUUGCCUACACGGGGGACAAGAGCCACGCGAGGCAGCUACAGCUCGAGCGGAUGGGCGCCUCGUUGGACGGUAGCGUCGGCACGGCCAGAGCGCCUACCGACAAGACGAUCGAGCUAGUCAGGUGCAUCUUGUACGCGCUAGGCCGCGACUACUGCCCGCGGCUGCUCAUGCUCACGCUGCGGGGGCGGGCAGUGCUUAUCGUGAGCCUCUUCGAUGGCGUCGCCGCGCUGGCGGUCGCGAUGUCCAGGUUGCCCGUCGACGUCAUCGGCAUGGUGUGCAGUGAGAUAGACAAGCCCGCCAGGCGAGUGGUUCGGCUUCGGUGGCCCGGGGCCGCGGACUGGGGCGAAAUCAGGUCCAUCGCCGAAGCUGACGUCGUCAAGCUCGCUGACACCUACUACAGCCUGUGCGACGCCUGUGCGUGCGGUGCUGGCAGCCCCUGCCAUGCGUCUAGCGGGGCCAACCGUGCUAUGGCAGGGCCUGCAAGACCCCUCUCCGAGAGCUUCUACGGGUUCACGGACAGGAAGGAGAUGAUCGAAGUGCUGGGCGUCACACCGACGCAGCUCUGCUCCUCGGUUUUCGUCCCUGCUCGCCGCCCGCGGUACUACUGGUGCAGCUGGCCGCUCGAGAUGCGGGGUGAGAUCGCAGUGGGAGAGGCGUGCCAGGGCCACCAGUGCUGUCUGGCGGCGAGGCACACCCACGGCACGACCGUCCCGCUCGAUUGGGUUACCGCGGGCUGGACCUGGGGAGGUGGGGACGGUCCUGCCCCUACGCUCGGACCCUACACCAGAGUCGCCCACAAGGACCCUGAGGCCCUCGGGAUCUCCGAUGCGAGGGAUUUCCUGCUUGGCAAUUCCUACUCGGUCUACUCCGUCACCUGGCUCCUCCAGCAGCUGUUUCUGGCUCGAGGACUCCUCGCUAGAGAGCUUCCCGCCGAAGCCCUGUGCCACGGGGGGGCCUGCCCGCUGUCCUGGGGCGAGGUCGGCUCUUACGCGAAGGGCGCCGCGGAGUGCGGCAAGAAACUCGCGCCGCAGCUCACUGGAGAGAUCCUCGCACUCAGCGUGCGAAGUGGGAGUGACAUCAGACUGGACGUUGGCCUACCGCAUCGGCCGCGGGCGUGGCCACGGGCGAGCAUCAGCCCCCUCAACUGGCAUUGGCGGGUCGGGGCCUCGCUUCGGUGGCAGGACAAGGGCGACCCCCAUAUCAACGCCUGUCAGCUGCAGACAGGGGUCGCAGCCUUGCUGUGGCGCUCGCGUUCCAGCAAGCACCUCAACGUCAGGUUCGUCCACUUGUUCGACUCUCAGGUCGUGGCUGCUAUCGCGACAAAGGGGAGGUCGUCGAGCGUCAGACUGCAAUUGCUCCUGCGAAAGUGGUCCGUCCUCUGCGAGACAGGAGGCCGCUACCUGGUCGCGGGGUAUAUCACGACAGAAGACAACCCAGCAGACGCACCAUCCAGACGCCAGUGGAAGGCCAGAGGCAAGGGCAAGCCGUCCCUGACGCCCCAGAAGGUCCGCAGGCACUCCUUCAAAGGGCUGCUCCGAGUUACGGCCACCACCUUGGGCCGCUACAGAGCAGCCAUCACGAGGGUGCCUGACCACUGGGACGCCAUAGGCCUGUGGCCCUCGGGGCCCCUGGACAUCGACGAAGGGAUCGCCGAGUAUAUCGAAAUGCUGCGGAGUGAGGACCAGCCUGUCAGUAUGGCGAACUAUCAGAGCCUAGGGCUGUCCUGGAGCCUGCUGAAAGCCCGGAGGCGAUGCGAGCCACAGGUGCGAGCCCUACCUUUUACACCCGAGCUGAUCCUGGGCAUGGCUGCCGUGGCCAUCAAGUGCGGGGCGAAGGACGUCGGCGCGCUCCUCGCCCUGGGCUUCGCUGGACUGCUGCGCACGACCGAGCUGUUCAUCAUCUGCAAGCAGCAGGUGGCGAUCAUCAGCGGCAAGGUCACCGUGCGGCUGCCUGAGACCAAGACAGGUUACCGCAAAGCGAUGACGGAGAUGGUCGUCGUUGACUGCCCUGUCGCCGUCGGGCUGGUCAGGAGGCAGUGGCACGAUCACGCCAUGCCUUCGGACACUAUCAGCCGAAGGACGCCAUCCCAGCUCAGAGCUUGCCUCAAAAAGCUGCUGAGCUUCUUCCGACUGGACGGUUUUCGAUUAUCGUGGUACUCCUGCCGCCGAGGAGGUGCCACGUACGACUUCAUGUCACAUCAGAGUAUGGAGACAACCAUCAUGAGAGGACGCUGGGGAUCAGCCACGACAGCAAAACUAUACAUCGAGCAGGCUGUCGCCGACAUCGUGCAAGUAACACCAGCCCAAGAGGAUGAUGAGUUGAUUCGACACUUUGCCUGCCAGCUGUAUCGUUCUAUAUGCCAGUACAGAGCUUAA